AUGAGGAUGGCACGUACGAAGAGUAAUAAAAUGGCGAAAAUCAAGGAAGAGAAAAAAUUAAAAUUUAAUCGCUGCUUGGUUUUAUGCGAACCCUGCUCACGAAGAAUCUGUACAUUUGACAUAAAAAUUCGUAAAAUGACUGGCAGCUCACAUAGACAACUUAAAAGAGUGAAACUGUUCUUUAUGGCGGCAGCACUUAUUCCUGAUUCGAGGGGAUUUUGUGAAAAAGUAAACGAAAAGCUCCAGGGAAGCGAGACAAUUAGAAUAACAUUCGGAAAUGGAUACUUGGCAGUAAGAAGCAAAGCUGUCAAUGAGAAACAACAAUCAAUUUUACUACAUGGUCCUGAACUGAACGAAUACUACAAGGAGACAAAACAAGCCAUUGAUUUCUUAGUAAAUUACGACCAAUUCAAGAAAAUGCUUGGACAAGUAGAGAAGAUGGAAAAGAUUUACCUUGUUGUCGAUAUUGGUGAAGAACCAGAUUUGAGAAUAAUCGGCGAGGAAAGCAAACGAAUGAAACAAUGCUUCAUUGAUGCAAUUUCAUUUGCCCUACCGAUAGACGCACCGAACACAGAAUGGGAAGACAUCAAAAAUAUCCCUAGAAUGGAACUGCCUCAAGAACUGCGCGAAUUGAUGUCCGACCAGCGACAACGCACGGCAGAUAAUAGCUACAAGUUAUUUCUGAAGCAGUUGGAUCGAAUCACGACGAGUGAGGAACAUGCAUACCUUUAUAAUAUGAUGCUUCAGAUCAUGCAAACCAUGAUUAUGGCUCAACCAAAUCAUUCGAUGAUAUUUUCUUUCGAGGAAAAGGCCCUAGUUAUCCAAUCCUUCGACGAAAAUAUGUACCAUUACAAGAAACUCGUAAUCCCAGAGCAAAACAUCGACCAAUAUGUAUACAAGCGGCGGAUAAUUGAAGUUCACGAAAUCGUCGAGCUUAUCAAUGCGCUGGAGAAAUUGGCAUCAAAGAAAAAAGAAACACACGUGUGGCUACAACUUCACGGAGAAUUCGACACUGAACUAACUUUCACCGUGUUCGGAGAUGAUAUUCAUUACAAGCUGACGCUGAGAACAACUUUGAAACUCGAAAAGUGGAACGUGAACGUUGUUGAAAGAGAGGAGGAUUGCAAAGUGCUUGUAGCACGAAAGCAAUUUUUGCAAAUUCUCGAUUUGGCACAAGCCGGGGACGUGAUGAAAAUCGAAGUAAGAGGACCACGAGACGUUCGCUUCUUCUCAAAGAAUAUGGAAAAAACGAUCGAAAUCACUUUUCCAAUCAAGGAUAAUAAACUUGUCGGAAUCAGGGUCGAGAAUGCAAAACCAAUAUCCAGCUUGUUCAAUGCAAGUGCUUUACGAAUGAUGGCCAAAGACAUGGACAUAAUAAAAUUUGUGACGUUCCGCAUGUACGAAAUGGGCGAGGCAGCAGUUGUCAAUUUCACGACAGAAAAGUUCAAUCUUCUUGUGUUGAUGCCUUCAAUUGCGCCUCCGGAUGGUAAUAUGCCAUUCGAAGAGUUUUACGACAAGUUGCGAAUUUACGAAAACGAUUCUAACGCUAAGCUUGUUAAUCCCUCAAUCGCCAGCGACGAUAACAAGCAAGCAUCCCCUUCGAACACAAUCAAGAAAGAAGAAGUAUCGUCAAAGAAAAGAAAAGCCACUCGUGAGCAGAACGUAGAAAAUUUGGAGAAGCCCUCAAAAAUAAAACAAUCUAAAAAAGAAAACAGCAAACAUCCUGCUUCGUAA